AUGAUAUCUUCGGGUAGAACCUUGUUAUACGCCUCCUGUGCUAUACUGUAUGCAAGCUAUGCUCACGCACACGCUCAUCAUAAUGUAACUGAAAUAGACGAGAGUGUUCCUAUAGAUGGGAUAAUCUAUCUCCACGGAGGGCUGCAGACUUUUCUGUGGGGUAUCUCUUUUCCUAUAGGUAUGGUAUUGGGUCUAUCCAAGUCGAAAUAUCAUGUACCCCUUCAAUCGAUAAAUACAGUACUGUGCUUCGUCGGGAUGUACUUUGGACAUCAUCAUGGAGGGAGGCAGUAUCCUGAGACUGUCCACGGUCUGAUGGCCAAGAUAAUAACAUGGGUUCUGGUGACUCAAGUCGGUCUUGGGAUAUUCCUCAAAUUGCACAUCUUAGAGAAAACCGUUAGACCAUGGAUAGUCCCCUUCCAUUCAUUUAUAGGCAAAGUAUUUCCGAUAUUAGGCUGGACCCAAAUGUUAUUUGGCGUAGUGACUGCUUUGGGAUAUUGUCGAGGAGGACACCUAGGACAAUGUGCCGCUCAUUAUAUUAUGGGAUCGGCGUUUAUAGGAUACGCAGCGAUUAUGGUGAUCAUGUUGCAAGUUGGGCAUAAAUGGUUGGAGCGGACGGGCAGGAGUCAGGAAAUGUUGGAUAGUUCGGUUAUAAUGGUUUGGGGAAUAAUCAAUACGUUUACUGAACAUCAUGGUGGACCGUGGACACAUAAGGAUAUGCAACAUACUAUGAUGGGUGUCCUCUGGUGGGCUGGUGGAAUGUUAGGUAUCUGGUUGAGUAGGAAUGGGAAGAGGUCUUUCGUUCCUGCUGUCAUCAUCAUCAUGACCGGCUGGGGAAUGAGUGCUCACGAACAAGCUUUGAUGAUCUCUUCGAAGAUUCACGGCUUAUUCGGAUACGCCCUCAUCGCUGCUGGUACUCUAAGACUCAUCGAGGUCUGCUUCGUGCUCAACGAUAAACCCACUCCUCCUGGUACAGUCAGGAUUUUCCAGCAUUUGCCUCCUUACCUUUUGACUUUAGGAGGCACUCUCUUCAUGUCAGCUACAGACGAAGAACUUCGAAACGCCGAUGGAAUGGGUAUCGAUCAUGUCUCCUACGCCCUAUUCGAUUUCUCACUUUCGUUCUUACUAUACCUCAUAAUCACAUUCCUCGUUACUCUAUACUCCACUUCAGGUAAGAACGCCGAAUUGAACAAAGAGCUCGAUCAGAGUAACGCCGAGGAAAGGGGGUACUCGAAACUGGAACAGAACGGACACGUAGCUGCGAGUGGGGAUGAUGAUGAUGAUGGCCCUGAAGCUUACGAAUUGGCAGAGAGAGAAAGUGAUAGUGACGAAGGUAGGAAGGUCAGGGGUGGGGAUGAGAUUGAUUGGAUGCAUAAUGGACAUGAUGAGCCAGGACGAAGUGGGGGAGUAAGAUUGUAG